UACCAAAAACUGUCAAUUCCUACGCAGUAGAAAGAAAAAAAAAUCGUUCAAAGAAAUUUUCUUCACUGCUUUAUUCAAAUCUCGAGGAAUUUUUAAUCCAUUUGAAUCGUGCUAAAAAUUAAUUAAAAUCUCUUCAAUUUUAUUCUUAUUUCAAUCAGAAAUAAUAUGGCACCAAAAAGCAAAAUGACUACCGGAUUAAAACCCCAAGGUGCUGCCUUCAAAGACAAAAGCAAGCCGGCUGAUGUUCGUAUGAGCAAUAUUCAAGCAGCAAAAGCUGUUUCCGAUGCCAUCCGAACAAGCUUGGGUCCCCGUGGUAUGGAUAAAAUGAUCCAAUCUGGCAGUGGAGAAGUUUCCAUCACCAACGACGGAGCUACCAUUCUUAAGCAAAUGAAUGUCCUCCAUCCAGCUGCGAAGAUGUUGGUUGAACUUUCACGCGCUCAAGAUGUCGAAGCUGGGGACGGAACCACCUCUGUUGUAGUUAUCGCCGGAGCUCUCUUGGAAGCAUGCGAGAAACUCCUACACAAGGGUAUCCAUCCAACUGCUAUAUCCGAGUCCUUCCAACGCUGUGCCAACAAAGCUAUUGAGAUUUUGAAGGAGAUGUCAAAACCAAUUGAGUUGAGCGAUCGUGAGACUUUGAUUAAGAGUGCUUCAACUUCGUUGAACUCGAAGGUUGUGUCGCAACAGAGCAGCUUGUUGGCUCCUCUAGCUGUUGAAGCUGUCAUGAAGGUGACCGAAUUGGGCAAGGAAGGAGCUGUGGACUUGAAGAACAUCAAGGUUAUCCGUAGUUUGGGAGGAACCAUCGAAGAUACCCAAUUGAUUGAUGGUUUGGUCUUCACUAUGCGUUCGUCUGGUACCAACGCACCUAAGCGCAUCGAGAAGGCAAAGAUUGGUCUUAUUCAGUUCUGCAUUUCUCCACCAAAGACUGACAUGGACCACAGUGUUAUUGUCUCCGAUUAUGCCGCCAUGGAUCGUGUCCUGAAGGAAGAGCGUACCUACAUCUUGAACAUUGUCAAGCAAAUCAAGAAGGCCGGUUGCAAUGUCCUCCUUGUCCAGAAAUCCAUCUUGAGAGAUGCCGUUUCUGAUCUUGCUCAACAUUUCUUGGACAAGAUCAAGUGUUUAGUUGUGAAGGAUGUCGAACGUGAGGACAUUGAGUUUGUCUGCAAGACUUUGAAUUGUCGUCCUAUUGCCUCCCUCGAUCACUUCGUCGCUGAGAAUCUUGUAAACGCCGAUUUGUGUGAAGAAGUUGCCAGUGGAACCAGCAAAUUCGUCAAAAUCACCGGAAUCCAGAAUCCCGGCCGUACUGUGUCCAUCAUCUGCCGUGGAUCAAACAAAUUGGUUCUCGAGGAAGCUGCUCGUUCACUUCACGAUGCCCUCUGUGUCGUCCGUUGUUUGGUCAAGCAACGUUCCCAGAUUUGCGGUGGUGGAGCACCUGAAAUCGAAAUGGCCCUGCAAUUGGCCGCCUACGCCCAGACAGUCGAAGGUGUCGACGCCUAUUGUUUCCGUGCCUAUGCCGAUGCUCUCGAAGUCAUUCCUUCCACUUUGGCCGAGAAUGCUGGCCUCAAUCCCAUCGCCACUGUGACCGAAUUGAGGAACCGACAUGCUCAGGGCGAGAAGAAUGCUGGCAUCAAUGUUCGCAAGGGCGCCAUCACUGAUAUUUUCGCCGAGAAUGUCGUCCAACCGUCGUUAGUAAGUAUUUCAGCGAUUUCCCUAGCCACAGAAACGGUUAGAUCGAUUUUGAAGAUCGAUGAUAUUGUUAACACAAUGAGUUAAAUGUUUUUUGUACCAUCAUCAAGUUUACAUCAUGCGCUGCGCUCAAGUGAACACUUAAAAUAUUAAAAUGGCUUCAAUUUGGACGCAUUCACAACGAAAUUUCGUUUUCAUUAAUAUUUUGAAUGUUUGUUCUCUUUCCCUCACACUUCACACACAACUCAUGCAUUUUCUUUUUCUUUUAACAAAUUUGUUUGUAUUUUAAUUUUAAAAAGAACAAAUCACAAAAUAAAAAAUUAAAAAACUACAAAAUAACUGCUAAA